GCUCGGUUCUACGUUUCAUCUCUCGAGAUGCAAGACCUCCGGUUUCUGUACUUUAUUCUGUACCUCUGCACUGCGAGCAACUUUUUUUUCGCUGGGUCUAGUGCCAUGGGUGCCCACAGCAAAACCAACAAGGAAGGAAUCAUCUUCGACAUCAUCUACGGUCUCGGAUCUGUUCUCAAUCUGGUGAGCGACGUUGUGAUGCUCCAAGCGUUGAGAAAACCGAGCGAGGCAAAGGUGAAGUUUCGACUGUUCCUCAUCUGGAACACCUUGACGACCGGCGCCUACUACGUCACGGAUUUAUUCCUGAGUGAUUUCAACAGCAAGCAUGUAAGAAGACGCUUGUUUGUUCAAAUAGAAAUACUUCUUUUGUGUGUGAAUCUUGGUGUCCCGUGGAAAUUAUAACUAUUC